AUGACGGAAGCGAGCGCGUGGAGAGGUGGAGACCAGCCGAGUGUCGGAGAUCUUGAGAGCGACAAUCAUUGGGCUCAGCUCGCAAAGAAGCAUUGGCCGAAAGCUGCCAAGUCGAAGAAAUUAAAACCAGAAGUAAUCAAGAAAGAGAUCUGGGAUGUACUAGAACAGGAGGCUUUCCAUUUUCGGAGUCUGCUCAUGCUCGAAAAUUUGCAGCUGCUGGAGAACUAUCUAUGGCCUGGCUACACUGAAGCCUCAACAAAUCACCACGUGCUUCUGAUUGCCCUCCUCGUCACCGUGAAGAGCAGAGAGAAUCUUCCCAUAUGGAAUGCCUUCGCCGAUGAUGCUGAACGCUUCUCCUCCUUCUUCCGCCGUGUUCUAUCAAUGACCCUUGAUCCAACUCUGUCGGCGCCCGUUCGCACCCACUUACUCUCCUACCUCCUCAGCGCUUUUCAAUCACUAGACAAUGGUCUCUUACGCAAGGAAUGUGCGCCGUUGGUGUCAAUAUCUAUAUGGCAUAAUCUUGCCUCAGAAGCAGCUCGAGAGCGGAAAUUUGAGGAGCAUGGCCAACUUCGAAAAGCGUGGAGGGCUGCUGCCAAAAAAUACGAAGCUGCAGACGAAGGAGCAAAGGCAAGGUUACGGUUUGAACGCUCAUGGCUCUACACUCUUCUGCUUGACUUUGUAGGUCGUUUGUAUGGAGCGAGCGAAGGCGAUCUGGUAUACUGCGAGAGGUUCCUCGAGUUCUUGACUGAUCUCGAGAGUCAGUUGCCUACGAGGAGAUAUGUCAAUACUCUGGUCAAAGAUCUGAAUCUCCUAGCUCUGAUCAGAAUAUCCCCAAUGUUUAACACUCCAGACAACGGUCUCCUGCGUGACUUGUUCGCUCUCUUCCGUCAUUUUGCGGAUUUCCCCGUCGAUGAUAAUACAGGCUCACAGCACUCCGAAGCUCAGUCAUAUGAGAGGCACUGUGAGAACCUGUCCCGGCUACAAAGGACUGCGCUCAGGCACUUCAAGGAGAAGCUGACAGUACUUGCUCUCUCGAAUUAUGGGGCUAUCGAUCAAAGAAAGGAGUUGGAAGAGCUCUUAACCCCGUUGGUGGAUGCCGAGCUGGAAGAACUGUGCCUACUAUUAGGGUUUCGGACGGCAUACCCAUCCGCAGCAGAUGUACAAGUGAAUCGAGAGCUCCUGAUGGAGAUUGUACUAUCCGCACAUGAGAGAAGAAAGACUUUCCAAGAGACGGUGAGAGAUCUGAGUACACAGCCAACAGAGACAGAGCUUUACGAGCCUUCACUCCUACGCAAUGAAGCCUAUAAUGGAUCAAGGGCUCUAGCGAUACCUAAAUUAAAUCUUCAGUAUCUCAGUGUUGGGGACUUCCUGUGGCGCUCUUUUAUUCUCUAUCGAUGCGAGCAGUUCUUCGAGAUCAGGAAGUAUCUCGAGGAUACCAUCAAAAGACUACAACCAAGAGGGACUGGUUCAGCUGGCGGGGUCCACUUCGACGGCUUUUCGAAAAUGGCCCUUCCUAUCACAAAGCCUGCGAUAUUGGAAGCUGCGCCAGCGAAGGUUGGGCAUGACCAACCAGCGUACGUCAGAGCUGAAAUAACUCUCAACGUGAGCAAGUUGGCCGAUACCGUUCGACACGACUGGGACGCUUUGCGACAAGGCGACGUUAUCUACUUACUCACAAUCGAAUCCACCGAAGCUUCACUCAACUUGACGAACGGCCAUUCAAAGCAAAGUGGUGAGGAAGCGUCUGGACUCCUCGCUCUUCGAACCGCAGAGGUUGUGCAGUUGCUCGAUGAGAAUGGCCGGUCUAUAAGAGAGCCAAGACCUGACCAAAUGAACGACUAUGGGAGUAGACCACGCAUUAGGAGGCUAAUCGUCAACCUGGACCCGUCAGCUUUCAAGGUGGAUCUCGAGCUUAAAGAGAAAGGAAGACCGGAUGUCUAUGAGUCUCUCAAUGUCAUUGUUCGACGGAAUCAGCGCGAGAAUAAUUUCAAGAAGAUAUUGGAGACUAUACGAAGCCUUGCACUAUCUGAUGUGCCUGUUCCUGCGUGGCUGCAGGAAGUGUUCCUGGGAUAUGGCGAUCCUGCCUCGGCAACCUAUGCUCGGCUUUCAAAUCAGCUCGAGGCAAUCGAUUUCCGCGACACUUUUGUUGACUGGCAGCACCUUUUGGAUAGCUUUCCGGGCAAGACUGUUGAAUCUGAAGACAAGAAGCUUAAGAGCUUUUCGCCUCCAUACGUCCUCCGACACUCUACAAUCUCAGCCACUGCUGUUCAACCUAGAUCCUCGAAAAAGCGUCGACGUGACGAUGCCGAGCCUGUGCAGCAGGCUUCACAGUCUGUCAAGGUAUCCACAUAUCGGCCACUUGCCAGCGGACCGUAUCCAAGCGAUGCACCGAGACAUAACAGUGUCCGCUUCACUCCGGUCCAGGUCGAGGCGAUUACCUCAGGCACUCAACCAGGUCUGACAGUUAUAGUAGGCCCUCCGGGGACGGGCAAAACGGACGUGGCCACUCAAAUCAUCAACAACAUCUAUCACGACUUUCCCUCACAACGAACCCUACUGAUAGCACACAGUAAUCAGGCACUGAAUCAACUUUUCCAGAAGAUAGUGAAGCUCGACAUCGACGGACGGCAUUUGCUUCGGCUAGGUCAGGGAGAAGGAGACUUGGAGACAGCAGAGAGCUUCAGCAAGUACGGUCGAGUAGAAUCUUUCCUUGACAACAGAGCCCAGCUACUUAACGAAGUCGAUCGGCUUGCCGCCAAUUUCGGUGCUCCCGGUGCUCAUGGCAGUACCUGCGAAACUGCCGGCUACUUCAACCUGGUCUAUGUGCUGCCCGCUUGGGCGAAGUUCUGGGACAGAGCUAAGAAUACGGACUCAAGCGCCGGAGAUAUCAUCUCGUCCUUCCCUUUCCAUCACUACUUUCAAAACGCUCCUCAGCCACUGUUCUCUUCUGAAGCCACUAAGGAUGAGGUCGUAGAGAUAGUCCGUGGAUGUGAACAUCAUGUCUCUAAAGUCUUCACGUCUCUCGAAGACAUACGCCCUUUCGAGAUACUCCGCAAUAACCGUGACAAAACCAAUUACCUCAUGGUAAAAGAAGCGCGUAUCAUCGCAAUGACGAGCACCCAUGCCGCCAUGCGUCGACAAGAAAUAGCAGAUUUAGGCUUCCACUAUGACAACAUAGUUAUGGAAGAAGCAGCUCAAAUCACCGAGAUCGAGAAUUUCAUCCCUCUAGCCCUUCAAAAUUCCAAGGAUGGCGAAUUACCUCUCCAACGAAUUGUCCUCUGCGGCGAUCACCUUCAAAACUCCCCAAUCAUCCAGAAUAUGGCAUUCCGGCAGUUUGCCAACCUAGAGCAAUCGCUCUUCCUUCGCCUCGUACGUCUCGGCGUUCCUACCAUCACUCUUGAUCACCAAGGUCGUGCAAGACCUAGCAUAGCAAAGCUUUACAAAUGGCGCUACCCAUCUCUCGACCACCUCCCCAACGUCCUCAUAGAACCUGAAUACCUCCGCGCCAAUGCUGGCUUCGAAUAUGAAUACCAGUUCAUUGACGUCCCCGACUACAAAGGCGCAGGCGAGUCACAACCGUCGCCACAUUUCUUCCAAAACCUGGGUGAGGCGGAGUAUGCGGUGGCGAUAUAUCAGUAUAUGCGCUUGCUGGGAUAUGCAGCAAGCGAGGUAUCGAUACUGACGACCUAUGCUGGGCAGAAGGCCUUGAUAAGGGAUGUUCUGGCCCACCGAUGCAAGGGGAACAGGCUAUUUGGCUUGCCGAGGAUCGUGACCACUGUGGAUAAGUACCAAGGAGAGCAAAAUGAUUAUAUCAUCCUCUCUUUGACUCGUACCCGCAGUCCUGGCUACCUCCGCGACAUUCGCCGCCUCACUGUCGCUCUCUCCCGCGCUCGACUGGGCCUCUACAUACUCGGUCGCCGCAGUAUCUUCGAAUCAUCCCCCGAACUAACACAAGCUUUCAAGCUACCUCUGGAACGCCCGGAGAAGUUGAUGCUCACGACUAGUGAAAUCUUCCCAGCAAGCAGAUUCUUGACGGACGAGGUGGAAGGUACAGAGAUGGAGGGAGUAGAGCAUCUGGGGCAGUAUGUGUUCGAGAUGACCCAAGCAAAGGUGGAAAUGUUGAAAAGGGGAGAGAAUAUCUUGCCACCCCCGGAGGCUGGCGUCGGAGUUGUGGCGGACGAGGAGAUGGAUGGUGAGAAUGGUAAGAGGAGGAAGACGAGUCGGAACUGGACGAGAUCACGUGAGCGGUAG